GUGCGCACACAGAAGCCUCGUUGCCGGUGGCAUAUGACUACUACAUGGACUGCUUGGUCGACUAUUCGACAGGAGCCACGUUAUUGGGCUUAAACAUUUUUGGACCAUUUAUUCUGAGGCUCUCAAGGACUUGAAAGUGAAGCUAGUGAAGGAUUGCAGAAGCGACAAACACCCAUAUUGAGAGAGUAAGCAGGACAACUCCAGAGGCGACGCUGACGUUCCUGUGCUCAUUACAAAGGCGACGCUGAAGGGACAACCGGAGACUGCUUUCGGUGGGUUAAAGCAUGGUAUGUUCGCACGAGUGACUGAAUCGAGAAGGACAGUCGAAGCUAAAGAAAGUGUCCCGUGUCGGCGAGUCUGUGCGCUCUUUUUGCAGGGAUGAUGAUUUCUGCCAGAUAAAGUUAACUAGGAAGAUUUAACGACAGUGUGUGUACAGCUUAUAGGAGUACGAAUGCUGAACAGAAUAUCGGAAGGACCACGCGAAUUAUGUGAGGGCGAAUUCAGCUUAGUUGAGACAAAUUGAACAAACGUAUUUCCGUCUUCGAGACCUCAUAAGUAUCAAGCACUGACGGUUGUUCACCGGAGAUUAGUCAUAGCAACAUCUGAGAUGUAUACUCCAAGAUGGACAGGUUCGGAGAUGUGGUCGCAGCUGACCUCCCCAGUACCUAGUACGGCUGCCUCAACCCCACGGUACGGACCAUUUGACGAAAAGCGCCGAGAGUUGCAAGAGCUGAAAAAGAGAGUUCAGACACACCUAGGUGAGCUAAAUGUGCUGAGAUCUGACUACAUGGACUGGUUUAAAAAGAAAAACGAUUCGUUCUUAAACGUAGUCAAAUACGUUCAAUACUGUCUACCAGGACUGGUCCCCGAAAAUAUCACGACCUUCAAACACUUCAAGGAGACUUUCGAGAUGUGUCAAAGUCUCAGGAAGUCUGGGACAUUCGUAAAAGAUGCACAACUUCUGGAGGAAUAUUUCGCUUUCUGGGAAAGGUUGACAAAGUUGAAGGAGGAGGGGGACGGAAUUGUGUACACAGGGGUGAUGUUCUUCUGCGGAAGCAUCACGAGCCUGCGACAUCCAGAAAUCCGCGACUACAUUGACAAACUGCAAGAAAGAUACACUGCACACUUCAAUGACGAGUUCGAUUUCACCGAUGUGCAUGACGAAAAGGAUAUACUGUUUACCUACAAAGUUAGCACAAUCAACCAGCGAUUUUUGGGACUCAUGCAGUAUCUACCGUAUAUUCUGCAAAUUGCCAGAAAGAUAUGUUACUUUGCCCUGAAACUCCACGUGGAGAAGGAAUAAUGAUGCCCAUAGGCGAAAGAGAAAUCGGUACUUCCCGUGUUUGCACCACGAGCAACAUCAAGAAUACGUCGGAAGGAAACCGAAUUUUUUAACAUGGUUGUGACUCUUCAGUUGUGACAGCGAAGACAACGUUCGGUUUGUCCUUGUCCCGAAUUCUCUCUUGAUAGGCCGUAACCACCCUUUCCGAGUUCGUAGUAAUACAGUCCUUGCUGCUACAUGUACUUCUCGUUCGGUGUGACAUUGUUUUCUGUAGGCCUUCAGCUAGAUACGUUGAGAAGAACCAGCGGAACAAACUAAAGUGA